AAUUAGUUGGGUUGUGUGUUACGAGAGUCAAUAUACGUGUGUGUAUGUAUGUAUUAAAUAAGAGGAGGGUGAGAGCACAAAAGAGACGUUUCUAGGAUAUAUUGGUUGGUUUUAGAGAGAGAGAGAGAAGAAGAAGAAGAAGAAGAAAGAAUCAUCGAAGCUCUUGCAAUUCUCAUGAACUGCGGAGUCGUAUUGGGUUUCUACUGUUGGGGUUGGGAGUUCUUAACCGCCCUUCUUCUCUUCUCCGCCACGCCCUCCAUCUCCCUCCGCCUUCUCUUCUAGAUAUAUUAAUCCAUUAUUCUAGCUUCUUCAUUUCCAUACAUACAUAUAUAUAAAUCUAAAUUUAUUAUUAGCAGAAGAAAAAAAAUUAGGUAUAGAUCAGAGAUCGAUUGAUCGGAGAGGUAGAAGAUGUUGGGGCCGGAAUGUGAUCGGCAGCAGAAGAGCCUGUUAGAGUACGUGAGGAAAUCGUCGCCGCCGCCGUUCCUGCUGAAGACCUACAUGCUGGUGGAGGAUCCGGCGACCGAUGACGUCAUUUCCUGGAACGACGACGGCACCGCCUUCGUCGUCUGGCAGCCGGCGGAGUUCGCCAGAGACUUGCUCCCCACGCUCUUCAAGCACAGCAACUUUUCCAGCUUCGUCCGCCAGCUAAAUACCUAUGGUUUUCGCAAGGUGGCGACAAGCCGGUGGGAGUUUAGCAACGAAAUGUUCCGGAAAGGGGAGAGGGAUUUACUCUGCGACAUUCGCCGGCGAAAAGCAUGGUCCAACAAGCCAAACAACAAUAACGCACAAUCCCAGGAUAAUCCACCCAAGAACAACAACAAAGACGCCGGCGACGAAGACCAGCGCUCAUCGUCCACCUCGUCCUCCUCGGAAUACAUCACCCUCGUCGACGAGAACAAGCGGCUUAAGGAGGAGAACGGCGUCCUCAGCUCCGAGCUGUCGACGAUGAAGAGGAAGUGCCGGGACCUGCUCGACUUAGUGUCCAUGUACGCCGCUGCCAGCUCGGAGGAAGGAGAAGAAGAAGAAGAAGAAAUGCGGCCGCCAUUGAUGCUGUUUGGCGUGAGGUUGGAGGUUGAAGAAGAGGCGGAGAGGGAGAGGAAGAGGAAGAGGGCUGAGAUCAAUCAAACCGCUAGUCUGUUUCUGUCCCAACUGUGCAAAUAAGGUAAUCAUAAGUCCUUCCACUUAAAAUAAAGUGGGUAAUAUAUUAUAUUAUAAAUUUAUAAUAUACAUAAAUAGGAGUUGUUUCAUGCAAUAUAUAUAAAAAAAUGCAUGCAUGUGCAAAUGUUAUUAAUUAGUAGUGAUGAGUUGAGCAAAUGAGUAUACAUAUUCUUAAUGGAAAAUUGUAUAUUAUACUUUGUUACAACUUGUUUAUGGGAAAGAUCAGAGAUCCUCAGCUCCCAAGUGUCCUUUCCCCUUUAGGUUAUUUUGCACUCACUUUUAAUAAAAUCUCAAAUAAAAGAGACUUUAAUUUGAAGAUUUA